AUGGAUGGUAAAAGUAGACUAGCGGUCUGGCUUUACCGAGGCUCUCUGGUAGUUUUGAUACUGUUUUUUGUGGGAUUUUCGGUUGUAAUGCCAAUUGACGCAAUGGCCCAGGCGUCACGGUCUACAAACGAUGCGCUGAAUACUUUCAUCGUCGUAGGCGCUUUUGUUGCGUUUGGGGUCUUAAGCAUUGUGAUUGCACUCGGGAGAGUGUUUGUACAGCGCAGUUGCCUCCAAGAUAUACCGAAACGCUACCUGCCAAUUACACCGGAAGAUUUGCCUCAUCGCGCUAGUAGAGAGUUGUUGCUGCGACAAAUGGAUCGCUCCCAUGAACUAGCACAGAUUUUCAAGACUCCAAGUGAGUCCGUGAUACACCCUGGGCUUUCGAGACCCAUUGAUAAAGAUGCCGAGGAUAACGACGACCAAAACGGCGGCGUCAGUGUUCCCUCUCUGCCGCCUCUUCUUAACUACGAAGAUAGUGUUAAGAUCAUUACUAGCAGAUUGAAGUACCAGGGGGUUUUCUCUAACCUUUUAGAACUAGACCCCCCAGUCGGAAACACUUUCGCAGAUAUCAUCCACACUCUGUUCACACAAACCGGACAACAUCCUCAUGAGGCCGCUGUAUAUGUUGAGCUAUACGAGCACAUCCGAUUCUCAGGUCAAGAGAUUACUGCAGUGCAAUUUCUGAGGUUCAUGGAUUUAUCGCUUUACCUCGUUGACGCCUUAAUGAGUGCUCACGGCCAGCAGAACGAAAGCGGAUCUCGAAGCCUAGAUGAUGGCGAGUUGGAGAGUUUAAAUAUUCCGCCUGUGACACAAUACCUAAAUGUUGAAAGCCAGUCUGAAAUUCAUUAUCUAACAACUACUAAUACCAACAGCACUGUUGCUAGAAGGGUUACCGCCGAGAAUUUUGACCAAAGCUCACCUCAGAACCAGCCUUCCUCGGAUUUGGAAAGCACCGAUUCUGUUUUGCAAAACCAUAAAGCCCCAGUUUAG